AUGGUCAACGCACGAUAUCCAGGCUGGAAGACGCUCUACGAACCUGGUUGGCCGAGACAGGUCACCGAGACAGGUCACCGAGUCGCUCUACCUCAUACUGGCCUCAACGUGGCGCUUCCGUUAUUCCAAGCUCGCCAAGGCGACCUGUCUGCCUCAGAAAGGGGCUUCAAUAGUCUGUUUCUCUCGUCCGACCCCGAGCUACGUGAGAUGGCGCUGGCCCACAUGAAGGGAAUAUGCCGAUUGGGGAACGAACAAGCGUAUAUCACGCAUCAAGCUGAUCAAUAUUCUACGUUGGCCACCAGUGUUUUCAACUCGAUUGGCAACAAAGAAAAGCGACGGCGUCGUAUACCCGGGGAUCCAUCAAAGAUCAUGAUGAUCUGCAGUGAAUGUCGUGAUCCAGGGUUCAUACGUGAGGAGGUGACACCCCUCUUCGAAGUGAAGAGUGGAAAAUGGUUAGGUAGUAUAUGGGUUAUCCCACUACCUAAGGACGAGAAGGAUGAGGAGGACGAGGAGGAUGAGAAGGACAAGAAGGAUAUGAAGGAUCAGACGGAUGAGAAGGAUGAGAGGGACGACAAGGACGAGAUAGACGAAGGGAAAUGGUAA